AAUUAUAGUGACUCUGAGGACUGUCAACUUCUCCUAGGGCAGAUUACCCCCCAGUGCGCCGAACGCCAUAGCUCACUCGUUAAGCUACGGAAUCGAGUGAUUCAACUUUCAGUGGAAAGCUGACGCUGCCAGCGACAACAUAUCCGAUUUUCAGAUCGUUUCACCGAUUGGAGUUUUGGAUAUAGCUAUUCGAAGGUCGCGAGUUUUCUGGGCGUCAUAACGAAGUGCUGCAGAAAUUUCCAAGGAGCCAUUGAAUCAUCUGCUUAUAGCCUUCUCUAACCCACAAGUGGUAUCAGAGCCUAUUAUCACGCAUUUGGGACCUAAAAUACGAUGGGAGAUAAGGAGGACUCUGGUGGAGGUGAUACUUCAGUCCAAGGAGGCAGCUCAACCCAAGAUUCUGGCAUUGCAGCGCAAAGGGGAGCGCGUACAAGCCAGGGGUCACUGCUUAAGGAGGUGCUGAAGAACUUCACCAUUGAGAAGUUCUCUGGAGAUGGCUAUGAUGAUUGGGCAUGGAAGAUGCAGCUCUACUUUCGACAAAUUGGCCUCUUGAAGCUCAUGAUUGGAAUGGAGCCAAGGCCAAAGGAAAUGGCAGAGCAAGCGGACUGGGAUGAACGUUCAUCUGCUGGGUAUUAUCUACUGUCACAAAGCUUGGAGCUGAACCAGAGGCAUCACAUCAUGCAUCUGCUACCGGAAAUUGAUUGUGGGCCCAAGGCAUGGGCAGUGCUCAAGGACCUGCACGCUCCGACAUCGGUUGCCGCUUCUCUCAUGCUGGAUCGGGAGCUGUCCAUGCUGCGGUUGAGCGAGAAUGAACCUGUGCAGCCCGUACUGGACAAGAUGAGGGAACUCUACGCGAAAUUGGCGAGUGCAGGCAUCACGUACCCAGAGCAGACAAAGUGUCUCAAGAUGCUCAGCCUGCUGCCGGAGUCUUGGCUGCAAUUUAUAAGCGGACUCAGCUUGCCACAAAACCAAAGUCAAUGGACAUUGGAGUGGAUUCGCACCAAGAUUCUGGAAGAAGAUUUUCGUCGCUAUACACUGCGUGGAGGUGAUGACAGCACCAGCGGCUAUGCCAUGCAAGGGACAUGGAGGGAUCGAGGGCGUGGCAAUCGCGGUCGCUCUUACCACAGCCAAGGUGGUCGCGGGACUUGGAACCAGCGGGGGCGUGGUGGCGCUGGUGCAAGAGGAAGAGGUGGUCACUCCAACAAUGACAACAGUGAACCACGCUUGAGGGGAGAGUGCUGGUAUUGCAAGGAAGAAGGGCAUCCAUGGUUUCGCUGCCCUACCAAGCCCGACUGGUGGACCCCUUGGAACCAAUCGCAGAAGGGGAAUGGAGGAAAGCAACCACAUGGAGGUGCCAACAUGGUAGCUGAUCCUGCUGAAGAAACCUCCAAGGAUGACAGAGGAAUGGGAAAUGAGGAGAGGAAUGCUGGACAGUUCUACCAUGUGUGUGACAAAGAUGACAGUGGCACAGCUGUUGCAAGGGCUGGAGAGGAAUUGCACCCGCUUGACAUGUGGGUCAUGGACUCUGGUGCUGCAUGGACAAUGACACCACGCAAGGACUUGCUGGAUGCUGUGCGAGCGCCUCCAAUCUCUGAAGUGCGCUCAGCAUCCGGACAUGCAGUGAAGGUCGCUGGAGUUGGUCGAGCUGCAUUCAGAGCACCUGAUGGUGGACUGGUUGUGCUCAAGGACGUGUUACUCGUACCGGGGCUGAAGGCCAAUCUGAUAUCGCUGCGCAAGCUAGGCCAGGCCGGAGUCAGCACCACCACCAAUGGAUCCAAAACAUUCAAGGGGCUGCGAGGAGAUCGUGUGUUAUGGGAUUUACACGAAAGCAGAGAUGUCUUCAGAUCCAUGUGGCAGAUCCCUGCACUGAUAUGGGAAUCAACAAAGAAGGAGUUGGGAGAAGUAAAGGCGGGUUCUGGAGUCCAGGGGGAGUGUAAUGCAGUUAGUGCUGCAGGAGUGACGGUUUCUGCAAGGUCGGGGGAGACUGAUUGGGAAACCGCACACAGGCGUCUAGGGCAUGUGGCCAUACCAUUGCUGCAGCAACUGCAUAAGGAAGAAGCAGUAAAGGGGCUCAAGCUUUCUGGGCAACCAAAUGAUACCAAGUGCGAGACGUGUCUGCUGAGCAAGUUCACACGGUUCCCCUUUCACGGCGUAGCUGGGAAAAGCAAGGCAGCACUGGAACUGGUGCACAUGGACCUGGUAGGACCUUUUCCAGUCCGAGGAAGUAAGGGGGAAAGGUACUUCCUGACAAUAGUUGAUGACUGGAGUCGGCUGAUGUGGGCAUACCCGUUGAAGCAGAAGGAUCAUGCUGCCUCAACAAUACGAGAUGAUUGGCUGCCGUUCGUCGAGCGACAAUCUGGGCACCCAUGCAAGAGCAUCAGAACCGACCGAGGUGGAGAGUUUCUAGGAGGAGAUCUGACUGCGUGGCUCAAGAAACAAGGCAUUGAGCAUCAGCUAACGACGUCCUAUACCCCUCAGUCAAAUGGCGUUGCUGAGAGGGCUAAUAGGACCAUCCUGGAAACUGCGCGAGCGCUGCUGAUCGAAUCAGGGCUGGGGAACUCCAUGUGGCCUCAUGCGGUGAGGCAUGCUACAGUGGCAAGGAACCGCGUACUCACAAAGGUGGCUGAUGAUAUGUGGGUGCCGCUGGAGAGGUGGCUUGGAAAGAAGCCUCCAGUGGACAUGCUUCGAGUGUUCGGAUGCAUGGCAGUGGCGCAUGUCCCUAAACCGUACAGGACAAAGCUUGGAGCAUCUGCACUUUGGUGUGUGCACCUUGGGCUUGCGGCAGAGAGCAAGGGGUGGCUACUCUGGGAGCCCUCAAAGAAUGUGCUGUUUGACAGUCGGGAUGUCAAAUUUGUGGAGAACAUCAUGUAUGGCAAGUGGGAGAAGCAGUUGGAGGCAAGGGUCACCCAGCAGCUGGAAGAGAUCAGUAUGCACUUCGAUCUGUCCGAACCUGCGGACAGCGAAGUCACUGCGCCAAUGUUCAGUGCAUGCUGUUCAUGUGCAGGGCAUGCUGUUCAUGUGCAGUGCAUGCUGUUCAUGUGCAGUGCAUGCUGUUCAUUUGCAGUGCAUGCUGUUCAUGUGCAGUGCAUGCUGUGCAUGUGCAGUGCAUGCUGUUCAUGUGCAGUGCAUGGUGUCAUGUGCAGUGCAUGCUGUUCAUGGCGUGGUGUCAUGUGCAGUGCAUGCUGUUCAUGUGCAGUGGCAUGCGUGUUCAUGUGCAGUGCAUGGUGUUUAUGCAGUGCAUGCUGUUCAUGUGCAGGGCAUGCUGUUCAUGUGCCGUGCAUGCUGUUCAUGUGCAGUGCAUGGCUGUUCAUGUGCAGUGCAUGCUGUUCAUGUGCAGUGCAUGGUGUUCAUGUGCAGUGCAUGCUGUUCAUGUGCAGGGCAUGGUGUUCAUGUGCAGAGCAUGCUGUUCAUGUGCAGUGCAUGCUGUUCAUGUGCAGGGCAUGCUGUUCAUGUGCAGUGCAUGCUGUUCAUGUGCAGGGCAUGGUGUUCAUGUGCAGUGCAUGGUGUUCAUGUGCAGCGCAUGCUGUUCAUGUGCAGGGCAUGCUGUUCAUGUGCAGUGCAUGCUGUUCAUGUGCAGGGCAUGAUGCUCAUUGCAUGGUGUUCAUGUGCAGUGCAUGCUGUUCAUGUGCAGGGCAUGCUGUUCAUGUGCAGUGCAUGCUGUUCAUGUGCAGGGCAUGGUGGCAUGCUGUUCAUGUGCAGUGCAUGCUGUUCAUGUGCAGUGCAUGCUGUUCAUGUGCAGUGCAUGCUGUUCAUGUGCAGUGCAUGGUGUUCGUGUGCAGUGCAUGGUGUUCAUGUGCAGUGCAUGGUCUUCAUGUGCAGUGCAUGCUGUUCAUGUGCAGGGCAUGCUGUUCAUGUGCAGUGCAUGCCGUUCAUGUGCAGUGCAUGCUGUUUAUGUGCAGUGCAUGCUGUUGAUGUGCAGUGCAUGCUGUUCAUGUGCAGUGCAUGGUGUUCAUGUGCAGUGCAUGCUGUUCAUGUGCAGGGCAUGCUGUUCAUGUGCAGUGCAUGGUGUUCAUGUGCAGUGCAUGCUGUUCAUGUGCAGGGCAUGCUGUUCAUGUGCAGUGCAUGGUGUUCAUGUGCAGUGCAUGCUGUUCAUGUGCAGUGCAUGCUGUUCAUGUGCAGGGCAUGCUGUUCAUGUGCAGUGCAUGCUGUUCAUGUGCAGUGCAUGCUGUUUAUGUGCAGUGCAUGCUGUUCAUGUGCAGUGCAUGCUGUUCAUGUGCAGUGCAUGGUGUUCAUGUGCAGUGCAUGGUGUUCAUGUGCAGUGCAUGCUGUUCAUGUGCAGGGCAUGCUGUUCAUGUGCAGUGCAUGCUGUUCAUGUGCAGUGUGCAUGCUGUUUAUGUGCAGUGCAUGCUGUUCAUGUGCAGUGCAUGCUGUUCAUGUGCAGUGCAUGGUGUUCAUGUGCAGUGCAUGAUGCUCGUGUGCAGGGCAUGCUGUUCAUGUGCAGUGCAUGCUGUUCAUGUGCAGGGCAUGCUGUUCAUGUGCAGUGCAUGGUGUUCAUGUGCAGUGCAUGGUGUUCAUGUGCAGGGCAUGCUGUUCAUGUGCAGUGCAUGCUGUUCAUGUGCAGUGCAUGCUGUUCAUGUGCAGUGCAUGCUAUUCAUGUGCAGUGCAUGGUGUUCGUGUGCAGUGCAUGGUGUUCAUGUGCAGUGCAUGGUGUUCAUGUGCAGUGCAUGCUGUUCAUGUGCAGGGCAUGUUGGUGCAUAUUCAUUUGCACGUCAUCCUGUCGUCUGUUCGCAUCAUUUCGUUUGCAUGUGUUUUGUGUGCUACGUUGUUUGUAUGGUUUGUUGGGUUUGCAUGUCUUUGCAUGUUCAUCUUGUGCUUGUGCAGAUGUGCUUGGAUUGUGCAUGACAUCGAGCACAUUCCAACGAGCCAAGAAUUGUUGGAAUCGGAGCACAUAUGAAGAAGUUACGAAGAAAUGUUUGAUGGAUUUGUUACAACUCAUUGGAAGUCCUUGUCAGCUGCUACACCAAAGUUGGAGAGCCCUAUAACGAGGAGGGACCAGCAUGUGUAGGACUUUUGUCCCCACCUUGCAGCUGCAGCAUUUGGGGUUUGGAGGCCAACCUGGCACAGUGUGAAUUUUGUCUUGCCAGGCUGGCUGAACCUGAGGAUGGGGAGUCAAAACUUUGACUCUUGUCAUGUUCUUGACCAUGGGCCUCCAGGGUCCUUCCGUUUCAUCCUUCCCUUCCUACCCCACCUUCCAACUGUGCUUCAAUGCCUUUUCUAUCAUGCCUCUGAUCUUGUAAGCUUCAAUUAUA